UUGGAAUUUUUUAUGCGAAAAGGAGUGUCCUUGACAUACAAUAUUGGUCACCUGUUUGUUUAUCGUGAGAUAAAGCUGAAAUACGUGCUCAAUUUGAUUUAACAUCGCUGUGAAAAUGACAGGAAGAUAUCGUUUUAUGCGGUCCUAUGUGGGACCCGUGAGGGGAGUCAUUUUAGACUGGAGCGGCACCACCGCCGAUAAGUACGUCCUGGCCCCCGCUGUCGUGUUCUGUGAGGUGUUUCAGAAGCACAAGGUUCCCAUCUCCAUGCAAGAAGCAAGGAAGCCAAUGGGAUUGCGGAAGGACCUUCACAUCAAGGCGAUUACCGAAGAUCCAGACGUUAGAGCAAGGUGGACGAAAGUUUACGGGAAGGAACCGAACCAAGGGGACGUGGACAAUAUGUUCAAAGAUUUUGUGCCGAUGCAGUUGGGUUGUCUUCGUCGCUACACCGAUCUCAUUCCAGGAACGACGGAGGCGGUAAACAUCCUGAAGAAGGAGUUUGGGUGUAAAAUCGGCAGCACCACCGGGUUUUUACGCUCAAUGGUAGAUGUUCUGGUGGAGGAUGCCAAUAAGCAAGGAUAUUACCCGGAUGUGACGGUGGCUGGCGAUGAAGUUGCUCAUGGUGCCAGACCAAAGCCUUUCAUGGUUUACAAGAACAUGGAUCUUUUGGACAUCCAUCCAAUUCAGUCUGUUGUUAAGGUAGACGAUACAGUAUCUGGAGUCGGAGAGGCGCUUGAAGCAGGUUGUUGGGGAGUGGGUGUGGCUAAAUACAGCAAUUAUAUGGGAAUAGACAGUUUUGAAGAAGAGGAAAAACUUACUAAAGAGGAGGAAAACAUUCGUUGUGAAAAAAGUAGCGAAAUGCUUCGACAAACGGGUGCACAUUACGUCAUAGAUAGUAUCAAAGAGCUGCCCGAAGUAGUUGAAGACAUUAAUAGAAGGCUGGCACGAGGAGAAAAACCAUAAAGGAAUUCAAAGCCUAAAAGUAUUACUAAGUACUUUGGUCAAAUAAGUGUACUAUAUUAGUACUAAAGUGAUGCAAUUUAGUUAGUGCUACAUUGAAUUUUAAACAUCGAAACACCUGUAUUCGGAACUCGGAAAAAUUUUCCGUGGUGUC